ACAUAAAAAAAACAGUACGUUUGAACCAACAACGUUGGUUCGGUUCAAUGCUCGAGCACGUGCACGACACGACAAAUCUACCGGUGCCGGGCACGAGCCGGAUAUCCGCUACCUUUUCACAGUUCCAAUCAUUCCUCUGGUGCGUGAAGUCGAAGAUGAGUUAUGUAAUGAAAAAUAGAGAGAUAGAGAGAGAGAGAGACCUUAUUGUACAUUCUUUGACACUCCCACAUUCGUCAUUAUUACAUUCCUGAUUAUUUGGACGGGCAGCCCAAGGAGAAAAAUGAAAGAACGGCACGCGAAAUGACCUGAUUCCAAAUCCAUUCCGCCUCCGGUCACUCGGCUGACCCGAAUGGAGAGAGAGUACGGCUUGUCGUGUCGGACAGCCGUUUUUUCUUUUUUGGUAAAGAUGUUAGGGGAAUAAAAGAGCGGGAAAGUGUCCGGAAACAGAAGACACUCGACGGCCGGAUGGAGAGAGAGCGCUUCCGGACAAAUUCGAGCAGUGGGUGUUAACUUCGACGCUACAACCUUACGGUUAUUUGUGCCAGUGUGUUUCGUGUUCAGACAAUAACUUCGCAAUGUCCAGUACAUGUAUAGAGGACGCUAAAGCCCUGCACUAGCCGCAGGUGUACAUCCGCGGGCAUCGGUACAUUACUUUCGGAUCGCGGAUAAAGUGUGAAUAAAUGCGUUUGCCUGCGUUUAGAACGCUUGCAAUGCAUCCCCUUUUGCAAGCACAAAUAAUAAAAGGAACAUCUAGCAACACGAAAACGAGAAGAUGAAGUCUCUAUCUCGUGAAUCGGAUGCGGAUAUGAAAGUGAGCCACCACUGCGGAUGCGGAUUCUUCGCCGACCCAGAUUUGGAAGACGUCCGUCGUCAUACGUUGUAUAAGGCAAAGCGGUUGUCGACCCCGUAUCGACCCCUCCCUGUGCGCUUGACAACUGUCCGUCCGCGAACUUGAUGACUGAAGAACGCCCAUCCAAUGCCAGGCGUGCGCCCGGCAGAGAGCCUUCAGCAGCACUCUGGCUUAACGACAAUACAAUGCCCCAAACAAGCAGAAACAGCGCCAAGAAGAAACCGCGCAACGCAGACGAAAGGGAUAGCAGACGACGAGCACAACUUGACUAAUGUCUCCACUAUAUACGGCUGCGCGCAAGAUACAUGUCCACCGUUACACUCGCAAUAAAAGGUUCAUCUAGCGGAACCACAGAGGGCCCAUUUGUUCCACUUUCUCCUAUCUUUCCCCGAGCAGAAACGUCGUUCGAGGUAACAUCCGCUUCUUCCGCUGCGCCCAAUCAUUUAUCUUCAAUUGCAGAAAGAAAAAAAAAGUAUUAGAGACAUAAGACGGACAACGUCAUAGUGACAAAUCUUUUUCCAUAAAACACAGUAAUAUGUGUUCGUUGCCAGCAGAAGACAUGGGCAAGACGACACCGCGCUCGGACCUAAGAUUGCAGACGAAUUCCUGCAGCACCCUGUAGCAGAUGUCAAGUAGCACUGCAGUCGAGAUCCAACUUAAAAUAACUCACCUCCCCAUCAGAAAAGCCGAACGCACAACAAAAUAUGCGCGAAACAAAACUGACAUGUCAAAUUUUGGAAGAAAAAAAAAAUGAAGAUCCCCGGCGAGUGUCCACGUCAGCGUGACGUCACCCAGAGGGUCACGUGCGCCAGCAUCGCGAACCAACAUGGCGGGCGCGAUGCAGGACGGCGUGCUUCGGUUCCGCCAAAAAGGCUCGAACGGUGUGCAUAAUUCCCAUUGGAAUGGAACAUUAGAAGAAGGAGCGAAACAUGAAAGUAUGCGAAGGCGGCACUACCUCUUGAGUGGCGAUUUUUACUUUUAUUUGCUCCUGUUUUACAUCAUAUCCGCGUGCGCGGCACACUACGCACAGAAUACCCUGCCGGAUGCCGUCAGAGAAGUUCCGGGGAAUCAGCUGGGCCGAACAAAAUUCAUCGGCAAGCGGGCCAAAAAUUUCUUGGUCGAAAUCGUCUCGCUUGGUCCGCGUUCAGUGGGCAGCUACGAAAACGAAGUUGCUGCUGUUGACAUCAUUCAGCGGCAGCUGACGUACAUUGAAUCACAGGCCGAUCCCGUGCACUUCAUCGAGAGCGAUGUGCAGAGAGCAAACGGAUCCUUCUACCUGGAUUUCAUCGACGGAUUCACAUCCAGUUACCGUGCCGUGAAGAAUGUUGUGGUUCGCCUCUCUCCCAAGGAAAAUGCCUCUAGUGCGGGACCUACGCUUUUGCUCAACUGUCACUACGACAGCGCUCCUACGAGCCCAGGAGCCAGCGAUGAUGCCAUUAGCUGUGCCAUCCUGAUGGAGAUCCUGCAGGUGCUUUCGCGGAGACCAACACCAUUGCCCCACCCCAUCAUAUUCUUGUUUAAUGGAGCAGAAGAGAACAUCCUGCAGGGAUCCCACGGUUUCAUAACUCAACACAAGUGGGCGAAGGACGUCAAGGCAUUUGUGAAUCUCGAAGCAUGUGGAGCUGGAGGGAAAGAGCUACUGUUUCAAGCCAGCUCCGGCGACCCCUGGCUCGUACGUGCGUACGUCGAGGGGGCCGUACGCCCCUUCGGCUCCAUCGUGGCGGAAGAGAUCUUUCGGAGCGGAGUGAUCCUCUCGGACACGGACUUUCGAAUCUUUAGGGACUUUGGCCACAUACCUGGCCUCGACUUUGCUUUUGCCAAGAACGGCUACGUGUACCACACAAAGUAUGACAACAUGGAUUACAUUGAAGACGGAUCCAUUCAACAUGCAGGCGACAACAUACUGGGACUUGUCACGAAAAUCCUGGAAGCACCAGAAUUCGCAACCGAUCUUCCGCGGACAAACAAGCCUCGCGCAGUCUAUUUCGACUUCAUGUGCAUCUUUAUGGUGACCUACUCGUAUCCAAUGGGCAACCUUCUUGCAAAGCUUGCCAUUGCUAUCACCUUCAUUUCCUUGGCGUGGCGAAUCAAAAAGGCUGCACCAAACGGCAACAAGCACGGCAUGAUGCUUGUGGCCUGGUGUCGUGCCAGAGCCUUGGGAGUCAUCCUCGCAUCGAUGGUCGCUGGUGUGCUGACCUCCGUGGCUGUGGCACUUGUCCUGACCCUGUUCGGCAGCACCAUGUCCUGGUACGCCAGGCCGUACCUGACCAUUGGCCUGUACUACUGCUCCUGCGUCGGUACCAUGCUGGCAGUGCACUGGAGGAUUGCGCUGUCGAGGAGAAAAGAGAGGGACUGGGAAGAUGGAGAGUGGACAGCCCUGGAGCACUACCAAGAUGCCAACCAGCUACUGUGGAUCGCUGCUCUGGUCGUGCUCAUGGCUUCGGGUGUAAACGGCAUCUACAUUCCCAUUGCUUGGGUUGUCUUCGCGGGCACUGUCUUUUCUGCUGCUUCCAUCUGGUUCCUCAGGCUCGGAAAGCAAGGACAGCACGGGUGGCUGGUGCUCAUCGUCAUAGUGGCAAGCGUGAUUCCUUUGCUGUUAACCAUCUGCCUCAGCAUGAACAUCGAAGUAGCGCUGUUUCCCAUCAUGGGACGCAUUGGCACACUGACAAAUCCGGAGAUUGUUGCAGCAGUCAUCUGUUCGUUCCACGCCAUUUUCUGCACGUCUUACAUGAUACCCUUCGUCCACGUUUCCAGCAAUGGCUCCCGUUUGGUCUACGUUCUGCUUGGAGUGUGCGCAAUCUCCAUGGCGACAGCCGUUAGCCCACUCGGAUUCCCCUACUCCGCUGCCAACGGCCGCGCGUCCCCGCAGAGGAUACUGUUCUUUAACGUCGAACGGACUUUCCACAACCAACAGCAAGAAAGGAUUGGAGAGGACAGUGGCAUCUGGGCCGUGCCGCUCGACUACAACGGACCACGCAGCCUGAAGCAAGUCGCGAAGGGCCGUAAGAUAGCGAAGGUUGACUGCACUCAGCACAUCUACUGCGGCAUGCCGUACUAUUUUCCAGUCAUCUCCAAAUUAAGAGAAACUUACUACAUCGAUGCACCAGGGCCCAUCUUUCACAGACAGCGAAAGUUCCAGUUGGUAUCUCAAAAAGCUGGAACUUUUGGCACGAGGAGGCUGACGUUUAACCUCACAGGGCCAACGCACAUGGGGAUGACGCUGUCACCUCGGAAAGGCGUCAACCUGUCCGGCUGGUCGUUCACGAGGGGGCCCGUCGUGAAGGGGCAUCCCUGGGAUGGCGGACGCCCCACUUAUUUUGUCUAUUUGUCUCAGGGAGAGGACCUGGGACCGUGGGAAUUCUGGAUCGAUCUUGACGUACCCACGGACAGACCAAGUUCGGAGCCCGUCGUCGACCUGGGGUACUACACGUAUUACAUGCAGCAAAAUGAUCACCGCCAAAUGGCCUUCCAGCUUUUCCUCAAGGAACUGCCUGACUGGAUACACCCCACACCGUGGGCAGCCAGUGCAGACUUCUAUAUUUUCUGAACAAGACGGUUGAAACGUUCCUUGUGGUUUUUAAAGACAAAUCAACAGUGCUUGUGGCUGCAGUCAAGCAGGAGAUGAGGGUCUAAGGUAUUUAUUUAGGAAGGUCACCGCACACAUCUUUUUAUAAUGAAUUCCAGCUGAAGUGUGGCAAUUCUGGACGACUUCCGCUGUUGUUGUUUUUUUUCUUCUCUUUUUCCUUUUCAUCUCAGUUUCGAAGAGUUACGUCUAGCUGAGCUGGGAGGUUGUUGCAGGUUCCCUUAAAGCAUCUAAGCCACCCUGCCACUUUCGCAUAUCGCAUCUCAAGUCGACUUGGUUGUGGACGUCGCGCUCCGCAACGAACUACAUAUAGGGACCUGAACCGUGCCGAGCAGACAGACAUACAAAGCGUACACACGUUCUGUAUGUCGGGCGAACAGUCUCACGUUCAUCCGCCGUUGUGACUUCCCGACUCCUCAAGCUUCCUCGGCACGCAACGACGGGCUACACGUAGUCGACGGCGGCAGAGUAGAAUUUCCGUAGCUUUUGAGCCGACGAGUUAGCCCUUUUUAACGCAGUUAGCGGAGUUAUUAAUGUGACUAGAAGUAAUAAAGUAGCUGUCCCGGGUAAACUGAGGCACAGAAGUACCUGAGGAAGUAUAGCGUGACUUAAGUUAGGAACUGUAUUUCGAUGAGGAAAAAGGUGGCUGCAUCAUGAACAAACGUGUGUGGUACUGCCCCCACUCUGUACCUUCACCACUCUGCGCAUGUCUUUUAGUCGACAGCUCACGUGUGUGACCAUCUAUGCAACAUAUCAUUGCUUUUCCCCCCUUCCCUCCGCAGUUGUUCUCAAGUACGAGGUUAGUUUUGACUGUGUUUGACUGCGACAGUUGUCAACAUCGGUGUGGGAAAACACUGCCCUCUCAUCUGCACACCGCAACGUGUGUGCAGGCAGCUGCACUGUCAUGCCAACAGGUGCUUGUGCUAUUAGCUAGUCAGUUUAAUCCAACACCAUUAUAGUGCUGAACAUGACACAGGACUGCACUUCUGCACGGUGAGGAUAAUGCAUUCAGCCUCGUUCAUUGUGCCUGUAUGUGCGUGGUAUUUGUUAUCGUUUUUCUAGAUAGAGUAUUUAUUUUGCUGUUAUUGUUUCGACGCCAUUUACCUAGCGCUCUGCUUGCGGUUGCAAUGUUUUUUACCGAGUAUUGACGCUAUGCUGCCUUACUGUUGACUAUGAUUUGUUGCGUCCGCUCUCGAUAAACUUUUUGCUGUGAUUUCGUGCCGAACAGGGGGUGUGUGGCAGAGCUAUUGUUGCGCACAGUGUUGUUGGCAAUAACCUUGGAACAAACAUUCCUUGUAAUGCUGUAGCUGGCCACCACCAAUGGUUUUGCACAUUUCUUAGCUUUUGCACUUACAAUCUAGCCUUGCGGAAGUGGUGUGUUGUGCCGGGAUUGUUUAACGAGCUAGUUGAGCAAACAGAAAUUUCCUUAACAAUCUGUGACAUCCACGAUGAAAUAACACGUUUCAUGAAAGUGCGAAACGAUAUUUGUGGUCUCAAUUCAUGUUAUAUAUAGCUCGGUAUUUCUUCAUCCUUCUUCAUCCAGAGCCAAACAAAAUUCAAAUGUGAAUUUUGCAUUAGCUUUUUUCUUUGUGUCCAUUAGCUCCAAAGUGCAAGGAGCCAAGUUUCAAUCGAUAUUCUGAGAGGCUAGUCGUAUAUACGUGUGCUAUUAGUAAACAAAAAAAAAUGUGCACAACAUACAUAACUAGCGUACAUUAUGGACACGAGCACUAGAUAGCACAUUAACGUUAAUUUGGAGUGGUGCUCCACAUAGUGUGGUUACGUUUGUAUAUCAGACUGCAAUGUACCUGUUGUGCGUGCGGGGACCAAGCCUUCGCGGUGUUGGUCUCAAAAUGUUCUGUGCUUUGAGUACCAUCGAACACUUGCCGUCGCAAGUGGGUGUUCUUGUGCCUUUGUUUCGCUGUCAAUACAUGUUUGCGCUUUUCA